AUGGACGGCCUCGCCGGCGUCGCGGACACCGUCGACUUCUUCUGGCACCUGGGGGACGUCGGCUACGCGGACGACGCGCUGCUCCACGAGCCCCUGACCUGGGCCUACGAGGCCGCCUGGGACGAGUACAUGGACCAGGCCUGCGGUGCCUUCGCGUCCCGGGCGCCCUACAUGGUCCUGCCGGGCAACCACGAGGCCGAGUGCCACAGCCCGGCGUGCGUCGCCAAGUACGCGUCGCGGGCCCUCAAGCUCUCGAACUUUAGCGCCUACAACGCGCGCUUCCGCAUGCCGUCGUCCGAGUCGGGCGGGUCGGCGAACAUGUGGUACAGCUUCGACGUCGGCCCGCUCCACGUCGUCGCGCUGUCCACCGAGAGCGACUUCCCGGGCGCGCCCGACGUCUGCCACGUGCCGGGGGCCUCCUGCGGCGGCUUCUGCGACGCGCUGGGCUGCGGCGACUGGCGGCCCUGGCUCGAGGCGGACCUCAAGUCCGUGAACCGGUCCGCGACGCCCUGGGUCGUCGUCGGCGGCCACCGGCCCCUCCACAGCGUCAAGGAUCUCGACGCCGACGGCGAGCCGGCGGGCACCCAAGCGAGCCUCGUCGCCGCGCUGAGCGGCCUCUUCGCGACCUACGACGUCGACCUCUACGUCAGCGGCCACGAACACGCCUACGAGCGCAACGGGCCCUUCAACGGCACGACGCACGUCGUCACGGGCGCCGGCGGCGAGGACGAGGGCCACAGCGACUACAGCGCGGCCCAGGACCCGCCCUGGAACGUGCUCUGGGACAACAAAACCUACGGCUACGCCAUGCUCGAGGCCACGGGCGACGAGCUGUCCUUCACGCAGGUCGACGCGGCGACGGGCGGCACCCUGGACGCGUUCGUCCUGCGGAAAUAA